UCACUUUUGCUGUCACUUUACUUCUUUUCUUUUGUAUGGUUUUUCCCUAAAAAAACAAGAAAAAUAAAAAUAAAAACCUGAAAAAGAUUUGAAGUGACGAAUUUUUUUAUAUUCUGGAAUAACCCCCCCAAAAAUUUCUUUGUGCUUUUAAACUUUAUUUCAAUUCAAUUCGAAACCAUGAAAAAGAUCCCGCUUUUAUCAAAUUUAUUCUCACGUUCGCGCACAAGCGCUGGAAGUCUAGAAACCGAUGCAGAACCUGUUGAUGAUCCCCCAGAAAACAGGAGCAGACAAUCAAGUUUAAACAAUGGAUCUUUGAUUUCAGGAGACUUUAAUGCAGCUCUGCAACUGCACAAUCAAAUGUCCGAAAAUGCAGAUCUGUCUGUGGUGCGACGAAAUUCAAAUAGCCAAGUUGUGGCACACCAACCCACAAAUAAUGGAAUUGCACCAACAACGAUAACAAACAAUCAAAUGGCUGUUCAGAAUACACAAGGGCAAGUUGUAAUGCAAUUCUCCAAUGUAAAUGGUUUGCAAUUCGGAUCGAAUUAUACAUUUAAUAGUGGAAAGCUAGAACCAGCAUUGUCGACUUCUGAGAACUCUUCGAAGCUGGUGCCGACUAAUGGUCGUCCCAGACGGACAAGAACUAUUGAGGCAAUGAUGAAGUCCUCGGAAGAACUAGACCAUAAAAUGAUGGUUGUUAUAUCAACGCAUUUAGGAGAGGGCUGGAAGAAUGUAUUGCGGGAUCUUAAUUUUACGGACGGACAAAUCGAACAAUCUAUAAUUGACAAUCAGAUUCACGGGGGCGUGAGGGAGGUAAUAUAUCAGUUAUUACUGGGUUGGACCAAUAAUGCAGAAGAAGGUGAAGCAACUCUUGGAGUUAUAACUCAAAUUCUCUGGAAAUCCAAUCACCGAGAAUUAGUGCACAAAAUGAAAGAAAUAUGGAAAUUGACUAAUAAUUCCCAACGAACUACAUAAAAUCUUUUUAAAAAUUAAUUUGCGACCGAUAAAAGCAAUUUAUUAUUUAAAUAAAUACCUAAGUCAACUUUGUGGCAUGGCAAUAUUAAAAGCAUUGUAAAUUGUAAAUAUUUACAGCAAAUAUCUUCUUAGAAGAUGAUUUACUUGCAUUUGUAAGAACGAGAGUAUUGUUUUUUUGUUUUGUUUAAUUUUUCCAAAAUUAUUGUUUUUUUUUAAUAUGAUUGUUAAAUUUCAUUAAAUAUUGUUACAUUUCUAAAUCAAAUAUUUUUAUAUUGAUUGUUUAUUUCUUAGAGAUAUUUUAAUAAAAUUUAUUUUUAUUAAAAUAAAAAUAUUUUAUAUACAGUGGUGGAAAAUUAA